AUGACGACAAACCUACCAGAAAUCCUCCUCCUAUGUAUGGACAUCGACUUCAUAGAAGCCUACAACACUGCCCUAAAAAUCCACUGGCCAACCCACACCCAAACAACCCUAAAAAUUACACCCAUAAACGAACGGCUAAACUCCCUCCCAGAAGGCACAACCUUUGACCUAAUCGUCUCCCCAGCAAACAGCUACGGCCGCCUCGACGGCGCCUUCGACGCGGCCAUCUCGAGGACUUUUAGCCCGCACAAUGACUACCAUGCCCUGACGCGCGCUGCGCAGGGUGUGCUUUACGAGAAGUGGCGGGGGUUUGCGCCGCCGGGGACUUGUACGCUUAUUCCUUUUCCGGAGGAACUCAAGGUGAAGGGGGAUUCGAAUGGAAAUGGAAGUGGGUUCGGGUGUGAGUGGGUCGCGCUUUGUCCUACCAUGCGUGAGCCUGGGGCUGUUAGUUGGGAUCGGGAGGUUGUUUAUGAGUGUGUUUGGAGUUUACUGGGGCAGGUUGAGGGGUGGAAUCGGACGUUGGAUGUGGAUGAAGAUGGUAAUGGGAAGAAGAGGAUUGGGAGGAUUCUUAUGCCGCCUUUGGCUGCUGGUGUUGGGAGGGUUAGUAAGGAGAGGUGGGCUGCGCAGAUGGUGCUUGCCAUGAAUCAUUUUGUUGAUGCGCUUGAGAGGCCUGCGAGGUGGGGGGCUUUAUCUUGGAGGGAUAUUGAGGAGGAUUGUGUUGAGGUUGAGGGGACUUGGAAGGAGGGCGAGGAGUCUGGGAAGAGUUGGAUGGGGAAGCUUUUGGGAUAG